AUGGAUAAGGGGGUGCCACCUAGCCUCUUCGUCAAUGAUGGUUCUUUCAUGGAGAGGUUCAAGCAACUCCAACAAGAGCAGGGGAAAGGGAAGAAUGCCAAAUUAGAGGAUUCUAAACCAAUUAAGAUUAUUUCAGGGUCUUUGUCUCCCAAUCCUUCCAUUACCAAAACGUCUGUGGACAUGAAGGUUAGUGAUACAAGGAAAACAUCCCAGUGUGCUUCAGGUGGCAAGCUAGCUUUCAGUUUAAAACAAAAGUCAAAGCUUGUACCACCCCCUGUUAAGUUGAGUGCUGAUGAGGAUGAAGAAGAAGCAGAAACUGGGUAUACUUCAACUGAUGCACCUCUAAAACGACAAAAGUUAGGCCAGGAUGGCAUUGACCAAUCAUCAAGACAACUUGAUGUUGCACCUCCUUCCCCAAGUGAUCCUACAGUGAAGAAAGUUGCUGACAAACUAGCAAGUUUUGUGGCUAAAAAUGGAAGGCAAUUUGAGGAUGUUACACGUCAAAAAAAUCCUGGGGAUACACCUUUCAAAUUUUUAUUUGAUGAGAGAUGUGCUGAAUACAAGUAUUAUGAAUAUCAGCUUGCUCAAGAAGAAAAGGCUCUUGCACAGUCAAGGGAAUCACAGGUGCCUCGAAAUGGGGGUACAAGCACUUCAUCUUCCAAACAGACUAGUGGUCAUCAAAGAUCAUCUCAGCAGCAUGCAUCCUACCAAAUUCCUGCAUCUGCUUUAUAUGAAAGUGCUGACAAUCCAAGAGCUUCUGGAUCUUCAUUUCAAACAUCUUCAGUAGGAAUCAGUGAAGAACCCAGUGGUUCAUCAAAUGCUGAUUCUUUGGCACUAAUGGAGUUCUACAUGAAGAAAGCUGCACGGGAAGAAAAGUACAAACAACCGAAGUAUUCAAAAGAUGAGAUGCCCCCUCCUGCUUCUCUUCAAGGUAAAAAGGGCCAUCACAUGGGUGAUUUCAUCCCUCCAGACGAACUUGAGAAGUUCUUGGCUAGCUGUAAUGAUGCUGCAGCACAGAAAGCUGCUAAGGAGACUGUGGAGAGAGCCAAGAUUCAGGCUGAUAAUGUGGGCCACAGACUUCUGUCAAAAAUGGGUUGGAAAGAAGGUGAGGGUCUGGGAGGAUCCAGGAAGGGUAUUUCGGAUCCUAUAAUGGCAGGUAGUGUUAAGAAGAAUAACUUGGGGGUUGGUGCUCAGGAACCUGGGGAGGUGACUUCUGAGGAUGACAUAUACGAGCAGUACAAGAAGCGAAUGAUGCUCGGUUACCGCUACAGACCCAAUCCUCUGAACAAUCCUCGAAAGGCUUAUUACUGA